AAAAAAAUGAACAACAAGACUAUCGUUCCAGCCAUGAGACAACUCGCUACUUUGAUCAAGAAACACCCAAAUGCUAAGAUCAUGAUUGCCCCAACCACCAGAAAUCUCCACAAGCAACACAAGACUCCAGGUUUCUUUGAUCAAGUCUCUGGUAUCUAUGCUACAACUGGACACAAAUUAGACAUGAAGCCAUUCGAAUUCAGAGAAGGUGAACCAUUGUGGUACUCUAACUUCUUGGGUGGUAUCAUUAUCUCCGUCCCAGUCGCUAUGGGCUUCUUUGCUUGUUUCUUCAGUUUGUUCUGGUACACUUUCUUCGAUUCACAAACUACUCUCGGUAGAUCCAACCCACAUCCAUUCCUCAGCAUUAAGAAUGGUUCUGAUUCUCAAGCUACUAUUAACCCACUCUUCAGAUUCUGUUACCCUUAUGGUCCACAAGCUUCUGACUUUAAGAUGCUUUUCUGGAAUGAAUUGAACAAGGCCAAGAAGCACGAACUCUAAUUUCAUCAACUACUAUAGUACUAAUUGUAUAAUUCUAAAAACGGGCCCCCUAAAAUAAACAGUAAUUAAUAAGGGUGUUAUACUGAACAUACGGCUCUAGCUCUUU